AUGGUGAUGCUGGUCUUUGCCAUAGUAAAUCUAACAAAUUUUUCAGUUUUCACUAUGCCGUUGGUUAUACUAGAACUCGACCUAACUGGCAACGAGAGAUAUCCAUUGAUGAGCCGGAAAAUCAUCUCUCCGUCCACCUCCGUGGGCCAGACGUCCGUUGCUGGCACCACGGGCUAUGACUAUACGAUCGGAGCGCAGAAAACCCUGCCGAAUCGGCAACAGGAAGACCCUUUAGCAGCUGCGCUGUACAAUCAUUCAUUGCAUCCGCACGCCAGAAGACCGCAGGUUUCGAUCUCUGCGUAUGCGUUCUUGUUCCAGGAAAUGGUUUCGCUCGCGGUGAACACCAGCAAGUCCGUUACAGAGAUCGAAAACAAGCUACAUCGCCAGGGCUAUGCGUUGGGGCCCCGUUUGUUGGAACUCUUGAAUUUCAGGUCCAGCGUCACUGCGACGUCAAGUCGAGCUCUUUUCGGGAAAAGUGCCACAGGGCCCGGCGGCCUGGGCGGGCCUCUCGAGGACUCGCUGGCGAGUUCCAUCACCGCGAUGCGUCGCAGGGACCUUAGAGUGCUAGAAAUUUUACAAUUCGUCCAUGGGCCCGUCUGGACCUACAUGUUCGGACGCCAAGGUGACGAUCUGGUCAAAUCGUCAGAACGUGAAAACGAGUACAUGGUCGUCGACAAUCUGCCCUUGCUCACGCAGUUCAUCGGCCAUGGGAAUGUCCAAUGCGAUGCAUUCGUGUGUGGCAUCGUCGAGGGCAUCUUGGACGGUGCUUCUUUUCCGUGCAAAGUCACAGCCCACGCAAUGCCAGAGGAUCAACACGACCGAAGGGUCGUGUAUCUGAUCAAAUUCGAUCACGAGGUACUACAGCGAGAGGCUCUGAGAUUUUAA